AAGUGGGCGGAGCUCAGGGACCGGAAAAGGAAGUUCCGCUGCCCUUUCUCCACGUUGUUGAUUCUGGGGCUGGUUUCCCCAGGACUUUUGCAGAGCUUCGUUUUUGCUGCCUGUGAAGCCGCUGCAGGAGGAAAGAUGGUGCGCAAGUUGAAGUUCCACGAGCAGAAGCUCCUCAAAAAGCUGGACCUGGUGAACUGGGAGGCUGCCUCCGGGAACCUUGCUGAGCUGCGAGUGCUCCGUCGCUUCCGCUUGCAGCGCAGGGAGGACUACACCCGCUACAACCAGCUGAGCCGCGCGGUUCGGGAGCUGGCCCGCCGCAUCCGGGACCUCGGCGAAGCGCCGGAGUCGGCAGCUUUCCGGGCUCGGAGCACUGCCGCUCUACUAGAGAAGCUGUAUGCCAUGGGUUUGGUGGCCUCCAAAAGCUCCCUGGAGCUGUGCGACCGCGUCUCGGCCUCCUCCUUCUGCCGCCGCCGCCUGCCUUGCCUGCUCCUGAAGCUCCGUAUGGCCCAGAACCUGAAAUCAGCUGUCACCUUUGUGGAGCAGGGCCACGUGAGGGUUGGGCCCGAGGUCGUGACGGACCCAGCCUUCUUGGUGACUCGGGCGAUGGAGGACUUCAUCACCUGGACCGACUCCUCGCGCAUCCGCCAGCAUGUACUCAACUACAACCAGGAACGGGAUGAUUUUGAUUUGGCUUGCUAAUUAUAUAUAUAUAUAUUUUAAAGUGGGGGCACCUUUUCCCAAUUUGUUAACCUGACUUACCGUAUUUUUCGCUCUGUAAAACGCACCCGACCAUAAGAUGCUACUAGUUUUUAGAGGAGGAAAACAGGAAAAAAAUAUUCUGAAUCAAAUGUUGUAUGAACUACCGUAUUUAAUAAACAACCGGUAUAUCAGAA